AUGGGCCUGUUUGGUGAGGGCUGGAGCAGGACGUUUCUCUGGAGGAGCGUGACAAGGCCCAAGAAAGGAGACAAGGAGGGCACAGAGAAUGGCCCUGUUCGAAUGCCGAUGCCCAAGACUGUUGAAGAGCAUGGCGGUUCCCAGGGCUUCGGGGCAGGGACACAAGCUGGGGAGGGUACCUACUUACCCCCAGCCCCCACUGAGACUGCCUUUCUUGCCACGUGGGCUGACUUGGGUCAGUCCCAUGGAUGGCUACAGCAGGGUGAGGCACCCAUCCUGCUAGUCAGGCAGGAUGCUGGCAGGAAGGCGGGGCUGAGGGGGGGUGGAGCUUCCAGAACAAAGGAGAAUGGGGAGCCCUGGGGGCCCCAGCUAGGCAUCAAAAAGGCUCUGCAGAGCGAUCGGGCCACACACACACACACACACACACCCUGCCUGCCUGCCUCUGUGCCAGGAGCCAGCCGGCCAGCCCCGCCUGCUCCCGUCUGCUUGCCCAGGCCGGGCAAGGAAUCCAGGCUGCGUCCACAGGCCGCGUCUUCCAGCGUGAUUGCGCCCACACUGCUCUGUGGCCUUCUCUCCUUGGCGUGGGUUGCGGCUGAGGUCCCCGAGGCGAGCAGAGCGAUGGCCACGAGCGGAGCCAGGAGCCAGGCGGGCCGCCGCGAGCAUGCCUUCCUCCCGGAGCCUUUCGACGGCGGCAGCGUGGCCCCGGGCCGCUGGCUGCACCGCUUCGAGGUGAUCGACGACCUCAACCAUUGGGACCACGCCACCAAGCUCCGGUUCCUGAGAGAGGCGCUCCGGGGGGACGCCCUGGAGGUCUACCACGGACUGGGUCCCCACGAGCAGGGCGACUACGCCGUGGUGAAGGACGCGCUCCUGAAGGCCUUCGGGGGCCCCGGGGAGGCCGCCGGCCCCCGGCCCAAGGAGAUCGUGUUCGCCAACAGCAUGGGCAAGGGCUACUACCUCAAGGGGAAGAUCGGCGGCGUGCCGGUGCGCUUCCUGGUGGACUCCGGGGCGCAGGUGUCCGUGGUGCACCCCAGCCUGUGGGAGGAGGUCACCGACGGCGACCUGGACACCCUGCGGCCCUUCGAGAACGUGGUGAAGGUGGCCAACGGGGCCGAGAUGAAGAUCCUGGGCGUCUGGGACACCGUGGUGUCGCUGGGCAAGCUGAAGCUGAAGGCCGAGUUCCUGGUGGCCAACGCCAGCGCGGAGGAGGCCAUCAUCGGCACCGACGUGCUGCAGGACCACAACGCCGUGCUGGACUUCGAGCACCGCACCUGCACGCUCAAGGGGAAGAAGUUCCGCCUGCUGCCCGUCGGGGGCUCGCUGGAGGACGAGUUCGACCUGGAGCUCAUCGAGGAGGGGCCCUCGGAAGAGGGGCCACAGCAGCCCUCCUACUGAGAA